AUGUGGGGCUGCCUGGUGGCCCUCAUGGGCCUGUUCUUCCUGGUGCACUGGUACCGCGAGAGGCAGGUGGUGAGCCAGCUGACAGACAAGUAUGUCUUCAUCACGGGCUGCGACUCGGGCUUUGGGAACCUGCUGGCCAGGCAGCUGGACAUGAGGGGCCUGAGGGUGCUGGCCGCAUGUCUGACAGAGAAGGGGGCUGAACAGCUGAGGCGGCAGACAUCGGACAGGGUGGAGACGGUGAUCCUGGAUGUCACACAGACGGAGAGCAUCACUGCGGCUGCCCAGUGGGUGAAGGAGCACGUGGGGGACAGAGGGCUCUGGGGCCUGGUGAACAAUGCUGGCAUCGUCAUGCCUUUAGCCCCCAACCAAUGGCUGACCAAACAGGACUUUAUGAAUGUGCUCAACGUAAACCUGAUAGGGUUGAUUGAGGUGACUCUGAGUCUGUUGCCCUUGGUGAGGAAGGCCCGGGGCCGCGUGGUCAACGUUUCCAGUCCUCUGGGACGCAUGGCACUAUUUGGUGGCGGCUACAGCAUUUCCAAGCAUGGUGUAGAGGCUUUCUCAGACUCGCUCAGGAGGGAACUCUCCCCCUUUGGAGUGAAGGUGGCCAUCAUUCAGCCUGGUUACUUCCAGACCAACAUUGGCAACGCUGGGAGAGAUACAGCAUCCGCACGCAUCAUGUGGAACCAGACCAGUCUCGAGAUCAAGGAGAUCUAUGGCCGGGAGUUUCUUACAGCCUACCAGAAGGUUGGUGCAAGACUCAGUCCCCCAUUUAAGCAGGAUCUGUCCUUGGUGACUGACUGCAUGGAGCAUGCUCUGACUGCAAGCCACCCCCGCACCCGUUACUCCGCUGGCUGGGACGCCAAGUUCUUCUACAUCCCUCUGAGCUACAUGCCCACCUGCCUGGUGGACGCCAUAUUCUGUCGGAUUUUCCCAAAGCCAGCCAAAGCCCUGUGA